AUGGAGGAGCUAUGGGCGGAGGAAGCUUCCGACGAAACCAGCGGCGCAGCGCGCCGGCCGCGGAAAAAUCGUAUGAUUAUCCGACGCGCGCGAAAUAAGUCCUCCGACUUUUCCUCGCUCCGCGGCGCGCCGGGAGACGAAAAGCCGCCGCCAGGGAGCGCCGACGCGAGCAGCGACCGUCGCGCCGCGACCGGGAGGGUCCCGGCGGCGCCGUCGUGGGAGGGAGAAGCAUCGGACUCCGCCGAGCCGCAGCCUCUCUCCGCUGAUGGAAGCGACGCUUCCGCGGCCGCGAGGCCGUCGAUUAUCAACCGACGCCCCGCCGCGACGGCGAUCCGCAAGUUGCGCAUUUUCUCCAACCGCGGCAGCGGCCGGGAUGCUGCGCUCGCCGUCGCAGCGGGAAACGGCGUGGCUCUCGAAGGACUCGAGGGCGCUUCCGCGCAGCCGAAUCGCACGCGCGACAGAGUGACGGCGGGUUCCGCGGCCGGCGCUAUUCCGAAGUUCCCCCCGCGGCAGCGCGGACGGGCGGGAGAAGCGGCGAGGCGGCGGAGAAGCUUCAGUGGAUCCGCAGCGGAGCCUGCGACAGUUGUUCCGCUUGCGCGACGAGAGGAGGACAAGCAGCGGCAGCCGCAACAGUCGUCGCAGGAGUCGUCGCAGCAGCCGUCGCACAUCAAGCGGAGUCUCAGCAGCAGCGGAGCUGAGAGGCGGCAGGGAGCGGCUGGCCCGCGGGAAAUAGCCGACGUGCUCAGAGCGCCACCGCUGCCGGGGCGUUCGGGCGACUCGGAGGGGGCUAGCGACAUGACGAAACGCAAUCACGGCGAAACGGAUGGCGAAGUGUCUAAGUGGCGAAACGGAGGGCAGAGGGCCGCGUCGUAUCACGAGGAGCUGACUUCGGACUUGGUGGAUUAUUUCGGCGAAAUCGCGCAGUCGUGGAGCGUUGAGAGCUCAGGCCGCGACCGCGACUCGGUAGAACGUCCGCGUGACGCGGAUGCUGGCGAAAUUGCGCAGUCGUGGAGCAUGGCGAGCUCGAGCCGCGGCUCGGCGUUGGGGUGGUGGAGGGAGAUCAAUGACUUGAACACAAGCAGAUGGAGGGGGGGAACGAGUGGAGUGGACGGAGGGACGAGUGGAGUGGACGGAGGGACGAGUGGAGUGGACGGAGGGACGAGUGGAGUGGACGGAGGGACGAGUGGAGUGGACCGAGGGACGAGUGGAGUGGACGGAGGGACGAGUGGAGUGGACGGAGGGACGAGUGGAGUGGACGGAGGGACGAGUGGAGUGGACGGAGGGACGAGUGGGGUGGACGGAGGGACGAGUGGAGUGGACGGAGGGACGAGUGGAGUGGACGGAGGGACGAGUGGAGUGGACGGAGGGACGAGUGGAGUGGACGGAGGGACGAGUGGAGUGGACGGAGGGACGAGUGGAGUGGACGGAGGGACGAGUGGAUUGGAUGGAGGGACGAGUUGGAUUCAUGGCGCAAGUCCUCUUCCUGCUGGUGUUUCCACCAAUGACUUUGGCCUUCAUCAUGCGUCUGACACUCUCCCUUCUCCCUCCAUCCUCCCUUCUCCCUCCAUCCUUCCUUCUCCCUGCAUCCUUCAUUCUCCCUCCAUCCUUCUUCCUCCAUCCUUCCUUCUCUCUCCAUCCUUCCUUCUCCCUCCAUUCUUCCUCCUCCCUCCAUCCUGCACUCCCUCUCGUCCUCCCUUUUCCCUCCAUCCUCCCAUGUCCCUCCAUUCCCCUUUGUCCCCCCAUCCCCCCUUCCCCCUCCAUCCUCCCUUUCCCCAUCUACCUCCCUUCUCCAUCCAUCCUUGA